AUAUUUUACAAUGAUUUUAUAAUGGAAUUAUUAUCCUAUCAAACGUAUAUCAAUGUUGAUGUUUUGUUUACGGAGCUGCCAAAUCGAGCAAAAAUAAAAAAAAUGAAAUUAUUACGAAUGAUCUUUUUUUGAUAUGAAUGUACGAGAAGUAAAUAAAUUAUGCGCUUUUAUUUCCUUUAUAGAAGAUUAUUGAUUCGUGUUUAUCUGGUCGUAAAAAGCCAGCAGGUCGCGAUUGUCGAAUGAUCUUGCAUCUCUAUUGCACGGUGUUCUGAUCAGAGUUUUGUUCGUUGAUGCUCUUUAUCUGUGGCCCGAAGAAUUUUUAUCUGAUUGAAAUAUUUAAGUAUUAAAGCUAAAUACUUAAAUAUUUCAACUAAAAGAAUAAUAACCAAUUAAACGCAUUUAGACUAGGCAAUAAUAAUAUUUUUCUCCUUGUAAAAUUGCAAUAUAUGUCUUGUAUAUUAUCUAACAUGUGUGUGUGCACUCAUCACUACUAGAACAGCAAUUACCGGUCGUAAAAAUUUUCUGAUGAGAAUAAAGAGCAAGGAUCAAGUAUUUAAAUUAUUAUCAUAAUCGGUUUAGCAAGUAACAAUCAUGAUCAGCAGGGUUGCGUUCGAGAACGUCAUUCUAUCUUUGUUCAACUUUUAAUAAAUAAUGAAGAUAAAACGAUGCUCGGUGCACAUGGGUGACUUUCUCAAACGCAGCCCAGAAUAUGCAAGAAAAUCACAGAGAUUAUAUACAUUAUAUCUUUACGUGAGAUUAUAUACAUUAUACGUUUACGCGAUGAAGAUAGAGAUUACACUUCACACAUUGCCUGAGCUAAAGCUUAUUAUGUAUAUAUUGUAACAUUUCUUAAGUAUGCGUGCUUUACAAUUAUUACUUAAAUAUACUAUGUAUAUGCAAACGGUUAUUGUUUCAAUCAGUUUUUGUCACAUAUUUCAUUGUUAUCAAAAGUUACUUCACAAUACAGCAUUCUUCCAAUUGUGCAAAAACACUUCAAACGCUUGCAAGGAGAAAUCAUAUAAGAUAAAUGAUUCGACUUCGUACAUUGCAUUGUGUGAAUUUUUAUAUAUAUCUGAUUCGAGUAGCGCAAAGCGAGAAUGAGACUCAAACAAUGAACAUUAAAAUAGCAGUAUCAUUUUGCGAUUGAAUCUUGAAUCGAGAAGAAGUAAGAGCAAUUAUAUAAGCAUCUAUUCUCCUCCCCUCUCUUUUUCUUUUAGUUAUUUUAUUAUAUUUAAUUAUAUUACAUUUCUAUGUACAAAGCAUGAUAAAUUAUAAUACGUAAUAAGUGAUGAAGCAGUGAUAUCUGCGAAAAGUGUCAAAUAUCUUGGUAAAACAUCAUUGUUUGAACAUUAAUUGCUUCGACAUAACAGACAGUUCACACAAAACGGCAUAUUUUUAAUCGUACAGAAACAUUUCAAAUGCUUGCGAGGAGAAAUUCUAUAAGAUAAGUGAUCCGGUUUCGUUGUAUAUAUUACAUUUAGUGAAGCGCAGCGAUAUUUGCUAAAAGUGACAAAUAUUUUGACAAAGCAUUAUUGUUUGCUCCGACGUAACGAACAGCUAUAAGAAUGGAGUUAAUCUCUUUGAUACUGUGCGCCUUGUUCGUUGCUUUAAUCCCCGCGAUUAUAUUGACAGUGUAUCAUCAGUAUGUUCUUCGACGAAAGCUGAAAAAUAUUCCUCAAUAUGGUAGAUUUCCUUUUGGCGUGGCAUUUGAAUUAAUGAAGUUGACGGACUAUGGACGCAUGCAAUGGCUUGAGCAACGUAUGCUUGAUUUUAAAAAUGGAAUUUUUAUUUUUUUUGUUGGCAUGAAACCGUUCAUUAAUAUCUAUAAACCUGAAUUUUUAGAGAUUAUUUUACCCAGCACCGUAAAUAUCGAGAAAGGAUUUCCUUAUCAUUUGAUGGAAUCUUGGUUAGGCAAAGGGCUUUUACUUUCUACAGGAAAACAAUGGAAUCAUGAUAGAAAACUCAUCGGGCCGACGUUCCAUUUUAGUAUAUUGGAUCAAUUUGCCGUGGUUAUAUCCGAAAAAGCAGAGAUUCUGACAAAAUGUCUUGAGAGAGAAAUAGCAAAGAACACAGGAAAAGCUAUCAAUAUUUUUCCGUUCGCUAACAAUGUUGCUCUCGACAUUAUAUGUGAGACGGCAAUGGGUGUGGAUAUACAUGCUCAAGAAGUUGAAACCGAGUAUACCACAACAAUACAUAGAAGUUCUAAAUUAAUAGCCGACCGAUUUUGUCAACCGUGGCUUUGGUCAGAUUGGUUGUAUAACUUAGUGCCUUCAGGAAGAAAAUACAAUUCAGGACUUAGCAAAAUACAUAAAUUUACGAAUGAGGUGAUACGUAAGAAAAAGAUUUCACGACAAUCGCGAAACAGUUCUGUCAAAUCGGAAAACGAGGAUGACGAACUUGAUAUGGGUAAGCGAAAGAGGAAAGCUUUUCUGGAUCUGUUACUAGAUGAGAAUGAGAAGGCCGAAACUCCGUUAACUGAUGAUGAAUUGAGAGCACAAGUCGACACAUUCAUGUUCGAGGGUCAUGAUACAACUGCGGUUGCGAUAACCUGGACGCUUUUUCUUUUGGGCAAUAAUCUCGAGCAUCAAGAAAAAGUUCAUGAAGAACUUGAGGAAGUUUUCAAAGAUUCAAAGAUACCAGCCAGCGUAAAAGAGCUGUCGCAAUUAAAAUAUCUCGAUAGGAUUAUAAAAGAAACGCUUCGAUUCUAUCCAAGCGUACCUAUGGUCUCAAGGAAAUUAGCGGAAGAUGUAAAAAUAAAUGAUUAUACACUCCCGAAAGGUGCUAUAGUCGUAUUGCAAAUCGCUAUAACGCAUAUAAAUCCGGAAGUUUGGCCAGAUCCAAAAAAGUUCGAUCCAGAUCGCUUUCUUCCGGAUAAUUCGGAACAUAGGAAUCCAUAUGCCUAUAUUCCAUUCAGCGCUGGACCAAGAAACUGUAUCGGCCAGAGAUUUGCUUUACUUGAAGAGAAAACAAUAUUAACAGCUAUUUUGAGAAAAUGGAGAGUGAAAAGUGUAAAAACGGCGGAUGCAGUUUCAUACGGAGCCACUCUCAUUUUCCGACCAAGCGAAGACAUAUACAUUCAUUUCACGUCAAAGAAAUAAUCAAUUUAUCAGCAAAUGUCUAUUUUUCUUUAUCGUGCGCAAUUUUUAUAAUCUUUUUCGAUUAUACGGAAUUUGAAUGUUUUCAUGUUAUUGUCAUUGUGCAUAUAGUGUACAUAUUAUAUGUACACGAUACACUUUUAUACAUAGUAAUUAAGGAGUGAUACGAUGAGUUAUACGUUUAAUUAUUACGAAAUAUCGAGCAAAUAUGUAGCGUUAAACAUUGCAUAUAGUCAAGAGUAAAAAGAACAUAAAUGAUUUGUGAACAUUUUUUUUCCUACGCAAAUGUCAUUGAUUGUUUUAAUCGCAACAUAUCAAUAAUAUAUAUCACAAAAAUGAAAGCAGAUGACAAGCACACAGAUUUAAAUUGCUAUGAUAACCAUAAUAAAUUUAAAUUUAAUUAAUUUGUAG